AUGGGUGUUUAAUAAAGUGACAAUAAUGAAGCACCUCCUUUCUUGUCACAUAUGAAAAUGAUAUACGAUAAAGGAAACUAUAAAGUUUAUGAGAAUGAUAAAAAUCAAAAAUUUGACUACUAAGAAUUUAAAUCGAGCUAAAAUUCAUUUAAGAAUGAGUUAGAGGUUGCUUAAGAAAUUUAAAACCAAAAUUUUCAAGGAAUUGCUAAAAUAGAGUAGAUCUCUCUUUAACAAAGUGAAAAAUGGCUUAUUAAGUACACUACUUUAUGCAUUUUAACCGAACAUCCAAUCUAUUCUCUUAGGGAGUAUCUGUAGAAGAAGGAUAAAUCAUUAUCAAACCAAUAGAUAACCGAGUUACUUGUAUCAAUAACCGGAGCAUAAAACUAAUUAGGAAUGAAAAAACAAUAUCUUGGAUUUGAUAAUAUAUAUACUAGUGAUGGAAAUGUUUGGAAACUUAAGCCAUUUUUCGAAUCCGAAUCCCCAUAUCAACGAUUAAUGAAAUAUAAGGCUGAGAAGACUCCUAAUUUCGAAUUAGAUAGCUUCCCUGCUCCUGAAGAAUUUGAAGGUAAAGUCUGCGAUACCGAUAGAGUACAAAUUUUUGGUCUUGGUAUGAUUAUGUUAGAAUUGAUCACAAAACAAAAAAGCAAAGAUAUCUAUUUAGAAUAUAAGUUGAAUGAUUCACUACUCUUGCAACGCGUUUAAUAGGUUUAAACUCUGAAAUAGUAAUUUUCUGGAAAUUUAAUUGAUAUCAUUAUAGAAAUGCUGGAUACAGAUUUAGUCAGAAGACCCAAUUUCUAACAAUUAAUAAAAACUUUGAAGUCUCCUUCAUCAAAAAUAGUGUUCAUCUAAACAAAACUUGAUGCUCUACGAGAGAUCCCAAAACUAAACAUACUAGAUUCAGUUAGAUAUUUUGGAUAGAAUGAUUUCAAUGAAAAUGAAGAACAACAAAUAAGCUAAGCAAUAGAAGAAACUUAAACUUAAAUUUCCAAUAGUAUCCAAAAAAUGAAAUAGGAAUUGCAGAACAUUCAAAAUCCCCAGACUAUUGACGAAUAAAAUGGCUAUAAAUAUCGCGGUCAAAUAGUUAAUAAUCUAUAUGAAGGAAAAGGUCGACUUUAUUCUAAAUCAGGGGUUUUGAUUUAUGAAGGAGAAUUUGUGUAAGGGUAUUUUCAUAAUUUGGGAAUUUAGUAUUACCAAAAUGCUGUUUCUUUGAAAGAUAGCUAUGAUAUCUAGAAUUGUAAGAAUAUUAUGAAGUAUGCUAAACAAUAUGAGGGUAGUUUUAGAAUGGGAUAUAAACAUGGAAAAGGUAAAUUGAUCUUAACAAAUGGAGAAUAUUUCUGUGGGGAAUUCAAAAAUGAUGAAAUAGAUGGUGGAGGUCAAUUUGUAAAAAAAUUGAAGGAGAAAAUAAUAGGGGUUUGGAAUCAUGGAAUACUAAAAUCAACUCCAGGAUUUUAAAAAGAGUUAAUAUCUUUUAGAUCUCCUGAAUUUGUUAAUUAAUCUCAAAUUUCAGAAGACAACUCAAAAUAAUAAUUAGGUUUGGAUAAUCCUGAUCUGAUGACUAAUCAUUAAGAAAACCUAAAAGUUAAGAUAUCAUCAAUUGAUUCUGUAAUGAGCAAGCUGUAAACUUGCAAGAAUUAAUUGGAAGGUUAAAUUAAAGCUUAUUCAUAAUAUUUUAGUCAUCAAUAAUAAUAAAAUAGAAAAGACCAUAAAAUUUAUUAUGAUGAAGCCAAAACAAAAUUAAAGUAUGAAGGUCAACUUUUUACUGGGCAAAUGCAUGGAAGAGGCACUUUAUAUUUUGAGGAUGAAUAAAUUAAAUAUUAAGGAGAUUUUGUUAAUGGAAAAUUUGAAGGGUUUGGAUUUUUAAUGAAUGAGAACCAAGAUAAACAAAUGCACAUUAAUUAUUAAGAUUUGAGAGAUUUCGAUUAGAAGCAGUAUUGGAUUAAAUAUUAAGGGACUUUUUUAAAAGGAGAGUUACAAGGACAAGGAUGUUUGUAUUUUAUUGAUAAGAGUGAAUUAGUAGGGUUUUUUGAGAAAAAUUAGGUGCAUGGGGAAGGAAACUUAAAAAGACCAUCACAAGAAGAUGUUUAUGCAGUAUGGUAAAACGGUAUACUUUAGAAGGAAUUAAAAGGCAAAUUAUGA